AUGGCGGAGGAAGGCGCAGAUAUAUUAGACGCCGUGAUAUUUGGCGUGAUAUCCGCAUCGCUGAGGUUUGUAAAUGGCUCGUCGAUGGGCACAAGCUCUUUCGGGCCAGGACCGAAGGAGGCUUGGAAGUUGAUUUUGGUGUUAUGUACCGCACACGAUUGUUCAGUACUGUUGCAGCCACUCGAUCGGUUAAAGACAUUGACGCAGCAGGAUGCAGCUGCCUCAGCGAAUCCCACCAGAUAUUUCAGUAAGGUUGUACGCACUCAUGGAUUUUUGGAUUUGUGGCGUGGCACUUCACCGACUUUGCUGCGUGCUGUUCCCGGAAUAACGCUUUAUUUUGGUUUUUUGCAAUUGGGCAAAAAUGCAAUGCCUCAGUUGUCAAAUGCACAUAUUGCAAAUUUCCUGUUGGGUUCAUGUUCGCGUACUGCCGCUACACUACUGCUCAUGCCGGCUACCGUUAUCAAAACUCGCUUCGAGACUUUGCUACGUGCUGUUCCCGGAAUAACGCUUUAUUUUGGUUUUUUACAAUUGGGCAAAAAUGCAAUGCCUCAGCUGUCAAAUGCACAUAUUGCAAAUUUCCUGUUGGGUUCAUGCUCACGUACCGCCGCUACAUUGUUGCUCAUGCCGGCUACUGUUAUCAAAACUCGCUUCGAGAGUAGCUUGUACAGAGAUGCUGGUAUAAAGAAAGCUGCAAAGGAACUCUUUCAUCAGUAUGGCUGGAGAGACCAUACUUCUCAUGCACCCGUCGAACGCUUCGGCAGCGGCCUGAUCGCAGGUCUUUGUGCUUGUGCUAUUACGCAGCCGUUCGAUAUGAUAAAAACCCACGUGCAGCUUUUUUCUCAACAUUCGUUAUACGAAUUCAUCUCACUUCUGUACCAGGUGAACCUCUGCUACCAUAAGAUCAUUGCUGCAGCAGUGGCAGCAUCCUCUGUUUUGCACGAUUCCUCUGUAGACAGAAAUGGCGCCCAUCCAAAUUCAAGAAAUAACGGUUUUGAAUCAUUAUACGUCAUUUUUUCAGAAAAUCGACUAUGA